AACAGAUACAGAAACCAAGGGCCCAGACCUAAAAAGCUGUAAUGAUUUUUUUUUAUAAAUAAGCAAAUAUUUUUUUUACACAAAUAGUAGAAAGUUUGAAUUAAUUGGCAGCUGAUAAUUUGGAAUAUGAAAUACCAUAGCAAUGGAUCUUAUCAACACUGUUGACUAUAAAAAUUAAUAGUAAUACAUUAUAUGAUACAUAUUUCAUUCGAUAUCGGUGUUGUACUACUUAGUGAUCGACGUAAUUGUAUGAGAUAUCUAUAUCCUCGUGUAAGUUUCUAUUUAGCGAUAUAAACUGAGCUUCGUUUUAGUGAAACUUAACCUAUUCCUUUCUUCCUACUGUGCCUUCCCAAUUUGUAAAUACUUCGUUCUGUUUUGAGGUUUUUAAAUGACUCUGAUCAGUUAUCAUAGGCUGGCACGGACAUUUCCUUUUCGUUUGCUUAACAUCGACGUCACGGUGCAUCAAAUAAUUAAAUUAUUUUGCGAUUGCUAUUGAAUUGAUUUAACAGUAUAAUGGUCGUGGCAGCUUUAAGUACCUGAUCUAUGAAUUUAAGUUGCCUAUGUCCAGCAUUAUUCAGAACCAAUAUAGAGUGACCUAGUCUAUGUAUAGUUAAGUUCAUACUUUUAAUCUGUUAUUUCUGGAUUGUUCUAUAGUUUUCAGUGCGACAACACUACUCUACGUGUUUACAAGACAGUCUUUAACAGGUUGGGUGUAAAUAAUGCUCCCAUACAAACGAAGAUAAAAGCUUAAUACCAUUUUAUAUAUAUCGGUUGAAUUUAAAUAUUAUUGUAUCUAUUAAAAAAACACAAUUUAGAUCGCAAUAUUAAAAGUUAAUAUUUCUUCCCAACUGACUUUCGUUACUAUAGUUUAUUUACACCCAUGUAGUUUCGUAGUUUGGGAUUGUGCACUGCUAACUAAAUUCAUAUAUUUUACAUUCCACAUUUUGUAACAUAGUUUAAGACGUAUUGAAUUCUGUUCUAUUUGUUAUUAACACCUAAACUAAAUAAAUGUGAUUAAAAAAAUAUGAUUAAACAUGAAUAAUGUCAGUAUUAAAAUUUUUGUGUAUGUAAACGGUUUUCGAGAUGUCACCGAGUGAUACGAAUCAACACGAUGGGAGCAAAAAAAUCGUUUUGUAGCUGACAGGGUGAAGUACAUAUCAAGACGGUAUUAUGUGCAACACAAGGCAAAUAGAAUUAAUGAUUAAAUAGAAUGAUAUAAUCAGUUUUGGUACUCUUAAAGCGUGGCCAUAUUGAUUGUCUUAGCCCAAAAUCCCUAAAACAAGCAAUUCGAUAAUAAUUGAUUUUUUAAAUACCCAUACAGGAAGUUCAGAGUCGAAACUCAGGUAUCUUAAAAUUGCCAGAGCUGAUUGAGGCUCUCGAGACGUAUUUCUCAAUUGAAUCAAAAUUAAUUGCAUAUCAUGCGGAGCGAGGUGUGUGCGGAGAGUUUCUUACAAGAUCUUCUCUUCCGUUUGACGCUUUUGAUUUUAUGCUCCCACUAAUUUUUAGUCUUAGGUUUCUAAUUAAAAGAUACCCAUUUAAUAAAUGAUAAUUGAAAUCCAAUACGUUUUUGACGUACCAGAGUCAUGCUUAGCAUUUAGUUGAUUGUGAAUCUUACUUUUACCCAUUAUUCAAAAAUGAAAUUGCUGUUUUAAUUAAAUAUAAAGUCAUUUUGUUAUAAACGAGCUAGUCGUAUAAUUUUACGGCUAAAAAACUAUCGCUCUAAAACCCGUCGGAGAUUUUAAAAGGGUUUUUAUACGAAAGCAAUAGGAACAGCUCAAUAUUUUUACUUUACGCUGUAAUUGUUGUUGCACAUAUGCUUGUCACGGGAUGCGUUUUUUUUAUCGAAAUAAUUUCAGUUAAAAAUCGGUUUUAUGCUUUGAAUUUCUUCAAUGUUGAUUCUGUUUAUGUUAAAUAUUUGUUGUAGGUUUUCGUAUAGUUAAGUGAAACGAUUUUCUCAAGUGUAAUUAUUAAACUAAAUACUAAAAGAGUGAAAUCUAAAUAUAAGUAUAAAUGUUUUGAUAUAUCGCCUAAACGCUAAAUAUCUUCAUAAAUUAUUUUCAUGUGCCAUGCCAAAUUUUCGAGUCCCUAAGCGAAUACAUAUAUUUUUUAUCGCUAUUAAUAAGAAAUUAUUUUUUUCGCGCACAACUACAAUUCCUCUUUUUCUAAACUUUUAUAAUACUUCAUGUACGAAUAUAUUAUGUAAAAGCACAUUAAAUGUAAUUGAAUUUUAAUUUAUAUGUAUUAGUAGGUAAGUUAUUGUAACGUAUUCAUAGAAAUUUCGAGCACAAUUUUUAAAAUCGAUUAUUUAUGUAGUAUGUGUCUUAGAAUAGUUAUACAAUUAGGUAAUUUAAACUUAAGUAUUGCGUUUGUGAACUUUUCUUAAAAAGCACAAAUCCCCGUACUAAGUUGCAGUUAAUUUGUUGCAGAAUUUUUGUUGCUUAAGAUAAUAAAUAUUGCAUUUAUUAUUUUAAUUUUAUAUCAAGUGACAAUGAUGUUUCAAUUGUUUUUUAUCUUUAGUCAUAUUGUAUAUGUCUUGACAAAACUAUAGGCCCAUACUACCAUUGAAUGUAAGUCUGAUUGCAUUAUUGUUCGGUUCACCUGCAGUGUAGUUGCAUUUAGCGUAAUAGGCACAUCAAUAGAUGGAAUCACCAUCAUUUCUCGGUGUAUUUUUAAGAAUACAUAUUUUUAAUGAUUCACCUUUUGCCUAUUCAUGUAUAAUAUACAAAUUAUAAAAUUAGAUUUUAGUUUCUGUCAUAACCAUUUAUUUCUUCCUCAUUUGUAUUAAAGGGCACAGUUUUUGACGAACUAAACCACGUGACUCGUUCGAAAAUUAUUGAUAUAGGUACUAUCACUCACCAGUUGUAAUAAAAAUCAAAAUGGGUAAACAAAAUAGCAAACUGAAGCCUGAGGUCCUCGAAGAUCUUAAACAAAACACGGAGUUUUCAGACGCGGAAAUACAGGAAUGGUACAAGGGAUUUCUGAAGGACUGUCCCAGUGGUCAUUUAUCUGUCGAGGAGUUUAAGAAAAUAUAUGGAAAUUUCUUUCCAUAUGGAGACGCUAGUAAGUUUGCAGAACAUGUUUUUCGAACUUUUGAUGCGAACGGCGAUGGAACUAUAGAUUUCCGGGAAUUCCUAUGCGCCUUGAGCGUUACUUCACGAGGCAAGCUUGAACAAAAGUUGAAAUGGGCCUUCUCCAUGUACGACCUUGACGGAAAUGGUUAUAUAUCUCGACAGGAAAUGCUUGAAAUUGUUACGGCUAUCUACAAAAUGGUAGGUUCCGUAAUGAAGAUGCCGGAAGACGAGUCCACCCCGGAAAAGCGGACGGACAAAAUAUUCCGACAAAUGGAUAGAAAUAAGGACGGGAAACUAUCGUUGGAAGAGUUUAUCGAGGGUGCUAAAAGCGAUCCUUCUAUUGUCCGACUUCUCCAAUGCGAUCCACAGUCACAGUGAUACCUCAAAUAUUAAUGGCGCCGGCGUUGUCUCGGUCUUACGCUAGGCAAAUGUAUUGUAAAUUUUACCUGCUUCUAAGAGCUAGUGCGCGGCGUUGAACAUAUAAAAUCUCUUACGAUCAUUGUCCUGCUGCUUGGCUGUCGACUUCUUUUGUGUUCGUGGCUGAGGCCGUAUCCAUAUCUUAGUUUAGGUGGCGGUGAAACCCUAUGGCCCGUAUUCCAAUAUGUUCUCGUAACCUGUCGGAAAAUAUGUAUGGUAAAAUCCUUAUCAUGCCGGUCGUAAUUAGCGCUUUGACUUUCACCCAUAGAUCGUUAACUUUAGCGAUUUAAUGAGAAACUACGAGUCGUAUUCUACCGUAUUUUGCAUAUAGGGGACGGGCGUACAUGCUGUUUCUGGUCCCGACCGAUAAUAACGCCCCAUAGAAAUCAUAAUUCGUAUAUAUUGCUGUGAAAUCGAAUGGUAUAUUUAAAUCUAUGAGGCGUAUUCUACGGUAUAUAGGAAGACUCGUAUCACAUUCGCGUAACGUAAACGUCCCAUUUUCAUACUUCAUAGAUUUACCUAUGAAUAGCGCGAAACAGUUUUUUUGUUGAAAAUACGAGUUUUACGAUUGGUAUUUUGGAUAAAACCGGACAUUGCGCGGGCCUAAGAGUUCACAGCCGGAUUCGGACACGAUGCAAGGGUAUUUAAGGUUUAUAUGGAUAGUUGUAAUGUACCUGAGAUGAGAUUUAACACCAAUAUAAUAAUCUAGUUCCUAAGGUGCAAUAUAAGCUGAUCGCCGAUUUUGAUUUCUCUCGCGUUUUCGCGAUUGGCGACUUUGGGAUCAAGUUUCAGGGUUGGGUUUAAGCUCUUGUGUUGUCUCUGAAUCUUAUAUCAUUAUUAUUAUCAUUAAGUAUAAGUAUACAACCAGACAUCAGGACAAAGUCACUGUUAAGUGUUUCUUCCCAAUUAUGUAGUUAGUGAUGCCAUUUUGACCACGAUUUAGCGGUCUAAAACUGGUUUUUUGCUCGCAAAUAUCUCACAUAUCGGUAUUUUAAUAUCGACGACAUUGAUCCAUAUGUUUUAUCGAGUGCUUAUGCAAUAUAAUUGAAUUAGAAUGUAAGUUCUUUAUGGAUCAGUUUAAAUUAAGAACGUGUGCUUUUUUUACCUCACUGUAUAUAUUUUUAUUUAUUUCAUGUUAUUCGACAAAGACAAUAAAAAUUAUACACACAUACUCCGGUUAUCAAAAUUUAAUACUGUAUGGGAAAUAUACGAAAUAGGUAAUCGAAUGUGUUUAAGAUCUUGAUAUAGGGGUGGCUGUUAUCGAUUUUAGCAAUAACUGAUUAUAAUUACAAUAUUUCUGUCAAUGUUUCUGUCAUAGAAAAUUAAUGAUGGCGUCCAUCUCGGGUUAACUUGCGAAAAUAAAAAUAAAUUAACAAUUCAUAAUUUGCUUAUGGCUGAAAUAUAUUUAAUUCUAUGAAUUUCACUGUGUUUAUUCUCGAUAUAGUAUAAAACCUAGUGUACCUGAAGAUGGCGCAGCAACGAUUCGGACAAACUGAAAUAUUUUAGGACUUAGUUUGAAUUUUUUUGAAAUUUAAGCAUAAUCUUGAGUCAUCUGAGUAUUAUUCGUUUUGUAACAUUGGUCUUAGGAUUGCGUAGUUUUUUUUAAGUGAGUCGGCGAUCGAACUGCGUUUGUGGUCUUAGAGGUCUUCCGUUCUUGACAAAGACAAUACUUAGAACAAAAAAAAUUGAAUACUUGAAUGCUUUUGGCUUUCCGUAAAACUAGUUUGGCCUGAAAAUUAUGUACCCGGCCCGUUCAUUCCGCAAACUAUAACUUCCAAUAAAGAGCAUGAGCCCUUGGCCUUAAGAAGCAAUGAGAGCCUUUUAGAAACUUGAGAGGGCAACUAUUGCAUAAAGCAGUAAUUAUAUAUAAUACAAUAAUUUUGUGAAAACACUAAUUUACUUUUCACACAAAAUUAAUAGGCCAACAAAAGGAUAAUAAUGGGAUACAGUUCAAAUUAUAAGUUAAUAAACGUCUUCAAGUCGGAAGGCCUUCCUAGACUUGAGUCGAGUCAAGCGAUAUAUUUUUUUUUUAAUUUGGUUUUGUCGCUAUAAUAAAAUAUGACAAAAACUAGCUUGCUUGAUCAUUUCAAUAUGUUUUUCAACCUAAAGUUAUCCAUGUGUCACCACGACCAUCGAGUAGCGGCGCUCUUGGUAACCAUACAAUUUGUAUGCCAUUUUACAUUGCAUUCGAUACUGGUGUUUAAUCUUAGUAUACUUAAUUUAGUUAUUUUGUAAAACAACGUUAUCAUAUGUAUUAAAUAUGCAAUUUUUACAUUAUUUAGGCCAAAAUAAGAUGGCAUUUAAUUUCAACUAAAAUCUUUUUAACUUGGACCAAGAAAAGUAGUGUUAGCCGAUUGGUUUAGUGAGCAUCUUUUAAUCCUGGGGUCACCGAUAUAUUUUGAUUUAUUUUCGCACAAGGUAAAUAUCGUGAGGAAUGUCUUGGACCUAUGUCGACAUGGUCAGGCACAGAAGGCUGAUAAAACAAAAGUUAUAAAAACAUGUAAUUUAAGACCCAAAGUAAUUGCGCCACAGGAUUAUAAUUUAGCAAAGCAUUUAUUAUUAGCAAAUAAUGAGUUAUUUAUCCAUAAAUACAAUGACAACUUUGUUUUACAAAUUUGGUGUUAGUUUAUGUAACGGAAUUUCAAUAGUAAUUUUAAAAUUUAUGUAAUGACAAUAAUCGCUGAGGUAUAUAGUUGUACUUAGAAUUAUUUUAACAACUGACUUAAAAUGAAAGACAUUAUGUAUCAUUUAGAUGUUAUAUUGAUCGUAUAGUACGCGAUCUGUUAUUUUAAUGGGGUAUUUAAAAAGGAACACAACGUAACUAAAUCUGGAGUAAGUUGACUAAAUAGGGUAGAUAGCAAACUUAACACUUCAUAUAAUAUCACCAAGCGUGAGCAUGUCACGACAAUUUAGCGUUCAUGGAUCAGCGUAGUGUUGUCUUAGGUUGGUGAUUAUGUAGCAUAAGAUGAAAUGUUUGGUCUUUGAUGACGUUUCAUGACGCGUGUACCUACAAUCAUAAUCCAACGGAAUUCUCCGUUUACAUACUCACUCGCCUGUACUUAUAUGGCAUGGAACAUCUUUAACAGUUACUGGAAGUAUUUGCUAUCUAAAUAUUGGAGGCGCUUCUCUGUAAAGUUCCACUCGGAAUCUCCUUAACAGCUGACAGUGAACUAAUGUUAAUAACAGCUGUUCAUCAAUGUUUCUAGAGCAACGUAAGGGAGACUUUUUAUAUUAUCCUUUUAGAAACUGAGUUAGAAUUUUUAAAACAAUUGAUUACCAAAGGAUGUUCUGCGGAACAGAUUCAGAAAUGUGAGUGUCACACGGAGAUUCAAAGAACUUUUAUUGAGCAAAAUUGUAGGGCACACAAAACAGCCCCUAGAUACCGCAACAGAUGAAUAACGUUCAGAACAAAUUAGUCAUAUUGUACAUUAAAAAAAACACAAUUUAACAGAGAGAGUCAAAUGAGUAUUUUAGAAUAUCGUUAGUUAAGUUUUUAUGAAUAGGGUUAGGUGAUUAUAUUACCCAAGAAUCUUUCAUAAUUCGGUACUUAAUUUAUUAUUUACAUCAAACUAUAUAUGGCUUAAAAUAUAUAAGUAUAGAAUUUUAUUACAAGUGCUAUAUUAUAAUUUUUAUAUAUAUACAGUGUAUACUGUAUUAUUACACGGCUAACUACCGAUUUUAGGGAGAUUGACAUAAAAUCGAGUGGCGUAAAAUCUUAUUAACAGUGUAUGCUUUUUAAAAUAAUUAUUCAUAUUUAGUUCAAGUUAAAGAUUAAUUUAGGCUUUGGUGUUUAUGUGUUAUUUUAAGCUAAUUGUAAUAAUUUAAUUAGCAAGAAUUAUUCUUUGUUAAUAUAUUAUCAGCUAUAUACGCACGUUUACGAUGGUCGACUCAAAUGAAUUUUAGUAGUCUGUUCAUCUAUUCCUCCGUAAAAACUAAUUUAGUCAAAUUGUACUGUAAUAACUAAAGAACUGACGCUUUUGACAGCUUAAGCACAAACAAAAAGAUGAGUACUGUAGUUGAAACAGUACUUAGUUUUUGUGAAAAAAAAAAUGGUCUAGUUUAAAUUAUAUAUACUAUACCCCUUUAUUACGAAUACAUCACUACAAAUAUAUUUUAAAUAUAUUUCUGUAAGUUUAUUUUUAAAUUUUAAUUAUUUAUCGGAUGACACUGAUUGAUCAAAGGAUGAUUUAUAUAUUUUUAUUUUUCAAUCGAUUUCUUCUAUUAAUAAGCUUAAUGAAAUGCACAAUUUGUUUUUCGUCGCACAAUUAACAUAUUCUUAUGAGUUAUAUUAAAUCUAAUUUAACGAUACUGGGUUUUGAAUUUUUAUGUUAAUAUAGACAUUAAUGUGCUAGAUAAUUCAAACGUUUGUCAUACAAUUGGUGCAUAUAGUCUUAGAUAUAUAAAUGUAACAAUAGCCUGUUAAAAAUGUUUGAUGGAAUCAAUAAGCAAAUCGAAUGCCUUUAAUACAGAUGCGAUGAAAAAUGAAUGGACUCCUUAGUUCUAUGCUAAGGAUGCCCGUCAAAUGUCGCCUGUUUUAUACAGCACUGUUUUAUCAAAUUUUAUGAUCAAAUAUCAAUUAAUAUUAGCACACAGAAGGACAUCUUCAAAUAAGUUAAAGUAUCAGGUUAAAUUUAAUUAGACGAUGGUCCACUGCCACUGUAAAAGUUAAUAGGUUAAUUAAUAUAUAAUGACAUUGUUGGUUAUUUAUCAAAGAAACUGUAGAUCGUCGUUUAAUGAUAAACAAUAGACAAAUGUUGUAUUUUUAUGUGGUUCUGGUAAAUCUCGUCACUAAAUAAAUUUAACUUUUUGCUGCCAAGGAAUGUGGCUAGUAAACGUAUACAAUUUUAUGAUCCUAGCUUUGUGUGUCUCAAUAAUUUUCCUCGAAAUAAGUAAAUGCUGUCACAAUUCAUUGAUGUUAUUAAUAUAAAAGAGAUGAAUAUUUUAAUAGGUAAUUUUAAUCGUAUCAAUCGUUAGAUGUUCGUGAUAAAUUUUAUGAAAUUCUGGAUGUUUAAAGUAAUUUUCUGAUGUUCAAACACUUCUUCACAUAUAACUUAAUGACGACACUCUUAAAUAUUCAUCACUUAAAAUGAUUAGAUGUGAACUUUUAUCCUAGUAAUUAUAUAUAGAUUUCCUUCAACUUACUAUACCUACUUGAGACGUUAAGGCUUAAAAUUGUAGGAUUUUGAUUCUAAAAAAAAUAUACAGAAACUUUUCAAGUUCAUGAUAUCGUGACUAUCAAUGUUUACAUAGGCUAUGCUUAAAAAUAAAUUAUUUAAUACCUCUUAAUUUGAGCACAGGGAUUUCUGACAUGUCUCCUGAUUUGAAAUAUACCAAUUUUUUUAUUUGAAAUAUGUUGAAUAACGUAUUGAGUAUACCGCUGAAACAUAUAUUUUAUCGCUCACGAGUACAAGUUUUAUUAACUAACCAAAUCGAGGAAAAUAAAUCCAGAAACAUUCGAAAUUAAUAAAAAAUCUUAAUAAUUUUAUAAAUGAUUAUGCUGUCGAUUAAUUUUAUUGUCUUCCAGUAUAAUAAGACCUAGACAAUUAACACGAAGUAUUAUUGGCCUUAUGAAAAUAGCAAAUUGAGAUUAAUUAUUUAACCUCCAUUAGUUUUAGCUACUUAGGUUAGGCUAAAAACCGUGUGUAUUCAGUUUCGUAUUGUAUUUAAUAUAGAAUGCCUAAUUCCCAGUUUAUAUUUAAGACUGGGUUGAUUGAAUAACUGGACCAGACUUGUUUGAAGACGUCUAACACAUAGGUAUUGGGUUGUACUCCGCUGUUCUAUUUGUUAUAUGGCUAGUUAUAUCUUACACCUAGAUAGAUUGUUUUACUCUCCACGAUAUAUCCGCUAUAACUUGUAUAUAAGAUAGGCUAUUCGACCUGUGUAUUAACCCUAGUAGCUUAUCAAGCCCCUUUCACAAAACUGUCGAAAAUCUAGUCUUGAAAAUCAUCGAGAAGCGGUUACUUAAGCUAACCGCUAAAUUUUAUUUCUAAAGGUACCUUAAACUCAGGGUGCUUGAUGAUGUGCAGUACAAUUGUUGUAAUUUGAAUAGUUUAAAAUACCAAAGUCGCUUUGCAGUUAAUGUUCCAGAUUGAUAAGCUUUUGAUUUACCACUUGUUGUAUUACAUUUACUUAAAGCUUAUUAUGGUUUUACGAGGCAUACCGUGCUUACCAAGCUUAUUCUAAAAUAUAUAACAUGUUUGUGUUUGAAACAUAUCAGUUGCUUUGAUAAUUAAACUAAUACACACCUAUACUUGCUAUAGCACCCUGUUUUGGAUGUUUACCUUGUAUUGUGUCGAGUUUUUACAAAAAUAAUACAUAUUUCGGCUCAAAAUGCUCAUGUAAUAAACUUAUUGCUCUUAAUAUAUUCUUAAUAUUUCAGGAUUAUUGUUCCGGUAGUUGAUUUAUCAUUUCAAAAUAUACCUGUUCUGAUACUGUUUAGAUGUAAAGUUAUUGUAUCUAUUUAUUAAAUCUUUCUUCUCUCUAAA